CCUGGAGUAUUGGUGGUAGUGUUUAUUACCUUGCUGUGUUUGAGUGUUGAGAAAGUGCAAUUUAAAACCAUGUAUGUGGUUUAGUUUUUGCACGUAGUGACAGCUAAUCAUGUAAUACUUAUCCUAGGUGAGGCAGGUUUUAUCUGGGGGUAGGGUCUGGGGCGGUCUUUCUCUGUCACCACACUUCUGUCACAUUCAAGUGAUUGAUUUGUUCAGUUUUUCUCUCCUAAAUGGACUCUGAACAUACGAGCACUAAAUGUCAAAAACUGCCCUUUAAGGUUAGACAUUAACUAGUUGUUGUGCGGUUUUUGGUUGUUCUAGUUCAGUGGUCUGACUGAGCGCAAGUGAGAGCAUCAGAAAAGCUCAAUUGUGCACGUGUAACAUGAGGCCUAACGAGUAUUGUGUGUGUGUGAAUGGUUCUCAGUGACAGUAUGAGAGGAUUAGUAUGAGAAUAGUGUGUGUGUGUGUGUGUGUGUGUGUGUGUGUGUGAGUGCUGGAAGGCCAGUUCUUCAUUAUUACCGUCACUCUCCAGCUCCAUCCUCUCUCCUCUCAGGCCUGAUGCUCCUCCACACACUCUGCUGUGACUCAGCUUGUCUCCUGACCUCCAUCCUCGCUGCCUUCCUCUUGUUGUUCCUUCUCGACCUGCCCUACUUUCACCUCCCUUCUGUCAGAGACAGCAUGGACGACAACCAAACAUUCAUGUACUUUGCAUAUGGCAGCAACCUGCUGAAGGAACGACUGCAGUUGAAGAACCCCUCUGCCUUGAUGUACUCUGUGGCCCGGCUCCAGAACUAUAAAUUAGCAUUUGGGAACCACAAAGGCAUCGCCAAUAGCCGUUGGCAUGGAGGUGUCGCCACCAUUGAGCCCAGCCCAGGCGAUGAGGUGUGGGGUGUGGUGUGGAAGAUGAACUUGUCUGAUCUGGAAUCUCUGGACAGACAAGAGAACGUCAGGUUAGGUACCUACAGUCCUGUGGAGCUGUCAGUGAAGACAGACGGCCAGGUGAUUGGCUGUCGAAGCUACAUCAUGAACAGCUGUGUGUACGCUCCACCGUCACCACAGUACCUGCAGGUGAUCCUGAUGGGAGCUGAGCAGAAUGGGUUACCAAAGGACUACCAAGAGAAGCUGAGGGCAAUCGAGACCAACAUGUACGAGGGUAAACUGCCUGUCAUGGAUGAGCUGGAGAAUGCCAGAAGAAAAGCCAAAGAGAGAGAUGAGAAGCAAUUCUGAUGCUUGAAUCUGCAACGCAUUUCACAAGACAAAGUAAAAGUCUAAUAUUUAAGCUUCGAAUCAUUGAAUUAUUCUAAUUGCUCUGUUAUAAACUGUUCUAUAUCUUUGAUAAAAUAUUAGCGCAAAAGCAAGAAAAUGGAAAUCUACUUAUGGCUCAAAGGAUGCUAUCUUGCCAUCAUACCUAUGAUAGCUCCACUUACAUCAUAUGGUGCAGUUGCACAGUUGGACUUUUUAGACUUUUGAAUUGGCUUCAAUCCAAACCAGCCUCUUACAGGGCAAGACUGAAAAUGCAGACUAGGAAACUGUCUAUACCAGGGUCCAGCAGCA